AUGAUUGAUUUUGGAUGGAGGGAUUGUGAGCUGUUAGAGGAAUUUUGUUUGUUUAUAUUUUCCAUUUACUUUGGAGGUGUUGUUUGUGUUGGAAGGAAGAUUCAGGGGAGCAUGAGUUGCAGAGAAAGGAACAAAGGGAAAAGAGAAGAGAAGGAAUAUGAGAACAGUUCUGUUGGAUUGGAAUCAAAAUCAGUGAGGCAAAGGAAUGGUUCAAUAGAAGAUGAACCGCUAACAAUUGAUGAUAGUCUUCUGAUUGACCCCAAACUAUUAUUUAUUGGGUCAAAAAUUGGAGAGGGAGCUCAUGGGAGAGUUUAUGAAGGAAGGUAUGUAGAACGGAUUGUUGCUAUUAAAGUUCUGCAUCGUGGGAGUACUUUGGAAGAAAGAGUUGCGCUGGAGAAUCGUUUUGCACGGGAAGUUAACAUGAUGUCUCGUGUCCACCAUGAGAAUCUUGUGAAGUUUAUUGGAGCUUGUAAGGAUCCUCUGAUGGUGAUUGUUACAGAGAUGUUACCUGGGUUGUCACUGCGAAGAUAUCUUAUCACCAUACGCCCUAAACAAUUAGAGCUUUAUGUGGCUAUAAAGUUUGCCCUUGAUAUUGCUCGAGCCAUGGAUUGGUUACAUGCAAAUGGGAUCAUACAUAGAGAUCUGAAGCCUGACAAUCUGCUGCUCACAGAAAACCAGAAGUCAAUUAAACUUGCUGAUUUUGGUUUGGCAAGAGAAGAAUCUGUGACUGAAAUGAUGACUGCAGAAACUGGAACUUACCGUUGGAUGGCACCUGAGUUGUACAGUACUGUGACAUUGCGCCAAGGGGAGAAAAAACAUUACAACAAUAAGGUUGAUGUCUACAGUUUUGGCAUCGUUUUGUGGGAGCUACUGACAAAUCGCAUGCCUUUUGAAGGAAUGUCCAAUCUACAAGCUGCUUAUGCUGCUGCAUUUAAGCAAGAGAGGCCUAACCUUCCUGAAGACAUAUCUCCUGAUCUUGCCUUUAUCAUACAAUCAUGCUGGGUUGAAGAUCCUAACAUGAGACCAAGCUUCAAUCAGAUUAUCCGCAUGCUCAAUGAGUUCCUCCUCACGCUCCAACAACCACUCCUUUCAGCACUGCCUGAACCUGACAACGAACCUGAGGCCGUGACCCGUACUGGCACCAUAACUGACUUUUCUACCCGAAAUAAAGUAAGGUUUUCUUUUAUUCGCCACUUGUUUUCUUCGAAGAGGACCAAAAGCUAA